UUCAGAGAGGGCGCUCCGAGGCUAGAGGGAAGGAGAAGGGAUCAGGAGCGGGAGCUGAGGGGAAAGAGGCCGGUCCGGGUCUGGACGCUGCCGCUGCUCGCCCGAGGUCUGCAGGCCGGGCUGCGGCUCAGUCCUCGGCUCCUGGGCACAGUAUACGAGGCUCCGCCGGGCCAGCGUGGGAGAGCCGCAGGCGGCGGCCGCCGCAUCAUGUCAACCAAGGACGAGCGGGCCAGGGAGAUCCUGAGGGGCUUCAAACUAAAUUGGAUGAACCUUCGGGAUGCUGAGACAGGGAAGAUACUCUGGCAAGGAACAGAAGACCUGUCAGUCCCUGGAGUGGAGCAUGAAGCCCGUGUUCCCAAGAAAAUCCUCAAGUGCAAGGCAGUGUCUCGAGAAUUGAACUUCUCUUCAGCAGAGCAAAUGGAAAAAUUCCGCCUGGAACAAAAAGUUUACUUCAAAGGGCAAUGUCUAGAAGAAUGGUUCUUCGAGUUUGGCUUUGUGAUCCCUAACUCCACAAACACCUGGCAGUCCCUGAUAGAGGCAGCGCCCGAGUCCCAGAUGAUGCCAGCCAGCGUGCUAACUGGAAAUGUUAUCAUAGAGACAAAGUUUUUUGACGACGAUCUUCUUGUAAGCACAUCCAGAGUGAGACUUUUCUACGUUUGAGAGAAGAAUAUGUGUGCAUUUCAAGAAUUCAUUUUUUUAGGGGGAAGGAGGAAACUGUUUACUUUUUUCCUCUAUACAUUUGAUUUUUGACACUUCCACCCCUAAUUCCCUCUACGGCAAAACCCACCUGCGGCCACCAGGGGACCAGCUCUGUGUAGGUAACCAGAUGGCUUUUUUCUCUCAAGCCACCAUCUUCAACUGACCAGAUUAAACUCCCAAUCCCAGACCAGGGCAGAGGGCAUGCCUCAACUCCUUCUUGGAGUAGACAUGGGGACAAACACAUACCACAAGCUGUUCCCGUCACCCUCCCUGCCUCCUUCUUGGGCCCUGCAGGCAACAUUAUCUUCCUUUGGCCCCUGGUUUUGGAAAAAUUCAAGUUCCUGAACCACGUUUAGUUUUUUCCUACCAUUUCUAUUUCAUACAUUCUCAUACAUUUAACUUGUAAAAUAGACUGUGAUAUUAUUGUUACAUAGUGAAUUAAAACAUAUGAAUUAAAAUAUUCCUAUGUCUUUAGCAUGGCA